CAUGCGCAGUGGAAAAAUCAGAUUGUGAAAUUCGAACAUGCUGAACACAGCAACUUGACAAAUUUCAACGGUUUUAUGAGAGAAAAAGGUAAAACGGAGUCUUUACGUUAUAUAUACGGGAAACACCGUGUGCAUGGAUCCAAGGAUAGCUUGGUAUCCGCCUGAACAUUUGGGAUUGGCGCACGAUAUAUGGACAACUAUCUGGGAGGCAGAGAUAGGCGUGGACAACAUGUCCCUCAACAAUUCAAAUCCAAAUUUGGACCAAAAAGCUCAAGAGUACAUUCCACUAAACUAUGCUAAUAAUUUUGAUCAAAAGGUUGCUGUGAAUAACAGACAAAAUAGCAUUCAGAACUCACAGAAUCAAUACAAAAGAAAAUGGGAUAAUAAGGCCAGCACCUAUGGCUUGAAUCAUUCUUCUAAUAAACAUUUUCUCAGAGAAGAUGGAGGAUUAACACCUUGGAAACCAAGAGAAAAACAGUAUAAACUACCAGGACAUAUUGGGCUCCAUGAAGAGAUCAAGGAUUUCUUCGUAAAAGAGAAACUUUACAAGAUGUCAAAAAGUGGUGUUGAGAUUUUUGGUAGUUUUCGUACAGGGCUUUAUCUUCCAACAAGUGAUAUAGACCUGGUGGUGUUUGGUAAAUGGGAGCAAUUACCUCUUCAUACUCUAGAGAAAGCGCUGUUAGAAAAGGGCAUCACAGAUAAAGACAACAUUAAAGUGCUGGACAAAGCUUCGGUACCGAUUGUGAAGUUAACAGAUCUGCAAACAGAUAUAAGAGUAGACAUCAGUUUUAAUGUUCCUAACAGUGUCAAAAGUGCCAAGCUUAUCAUGAAAUUCAUGAGCGAAUACCCGAUAUUAAAGUACCUCGUGCUUGUGUUGAAACAGUUUUUACUACAGCGUGAUCUUAAUGAAGUCUUCACAGGGGGAAUCUCAUCUUAUAGUCUCAUUUUACUGACCGUCAGCUUUCUACAGUUAAAUCCACGAGAAGAUGCCACCAAUCCAAAGAUCAACUUAGGCAUCAUGUUGAUAGAGUUCUUCGAGUUGUACGGUCGACAUUUCAACUAUCUCAACACAGGUAUUCGAAUUAAAAACGGGGGCGCCUAUGUUCCAAAGGAUGACAUCACAAGAGAGAUGGACAAUGGUCAUAGGCCUUCCUUGCUGUGUAUUGAGGACCCACUCACACCAGGCAAUGAUAUAGGGCGAAGUUCAUACGGUGCAAUGCAGGUAAAGCAGGCUUUCGAGUACGCUUACCUUCAGUUACAGUACGCUCUAGCUCCCCAAAAUAGACAUCUUCUUAGUGGACCUCAAAGCAUAUUGGGGCGUAUCGUCCGUGUUACAGAAGAGGUACAAGACUACAGACGAUGGAUAAAAGAACAUUUUCCCGUAAAAACUAAGGAAGUUAGUAAGGUGGAUUCGAAAACGAGAACAUACGCAAGUGUUGCAACGUCAACGUCCAAUCCUAAAUCAAAGUUAGAUCAGGAUAAUAAUAACGGCCCAGUGUUGAUAGGGGAUCAGAAACAAAAGGCUGUGGAAAGUGAGAACUCCGACUCAAGUGGUAACAGUUCCGUUUGUAGGUCCUCCUCCUCUAGUGUCUGCAGUGCUGGUUCGAGCCCAAGUCUUGAUAGUGAACCGGAUUCUGAUGCAGAGACUGCCUCAACGGAGAAAAAAGCACUUGUUCCUAAUGAUGUUGAAAAAACAAAAGAAGGAAGUCGCGAAUUUCGCAAUAGCAGAGACCAACUGAAACAAGUUCAAAGGUUAAGUCCAAAGAGUCGUGAUGGAAGCUCUAGUAGUGUGUCGUCGAACCGCUCGGCGGCUUCCGUGUCAAAUUAUCGGCCCAGUUCUGUGAAUAAUAACUACAGCAAUAAUUACUCGUAUCAGGAUAAUUACAAUAGAAACACUGAUCAUGGUGGUGGAUAUUGUUACUCUGGUAACCGGCCUCAUAGUAGUAAAUCAAACUAUUAUAAGCAGCAUCUGUCGGGGAACCAGGGCAGCAAAAACUUGGCACAUUAUCCUCACCAUCCGUCGUCAGCGUCUACACGUCGCCGUCGACGGAAUAGCGCCAAUGGAAAUAAGACUGUAAAAGAAACUAAUAGCAAAGACAGAUAUCAAAACAACAGAGGUGAUUACUCAUCAGCAAGCGUGUCAAGGUAACACAUCAGUAAGGCCCGCACUACAAGCGUGUUGGGCUCGUCAAAUAUUACAGCUGGGCGAGUGUAAAUACCUUUUUUAGCAACAGAAAUCGUAUUUUUUAAUCAUUCACAGGAAAGAACCAUUUCUUUAUAAUGAUAGGGGUUGAAAAAAUUGAAAGGAACUGACAUCUGGUGUGUUAAUUAAUCCAUUUGAUCAUGAAAUGUUUUUCAUCUUGAAAAUAUGCAUUUAUUUAAUUAGAGAGUUUUGUUGUAUUAUAGGACUAAAUAACUAAGAUCUUUUAAAACUGAGAAAAAAAAGUAUGUGUGUCUCAACAAAUGGUAUCCAGUGUUGUUUUCAGAUAUUUAUUUUUUCCCUUUUUUCUUAUUUUGUAUAUAUUAUUAAGAGUGAAAAUCUCAUCAGUGGUGUAAACCUUUUAAGGUGGGAUCAGAAUGCGUGAAAAAAAAAACUUGACGGAAAUACAAUUUUAAUGUAAUCAUAUGCAUCACUUAUGGCACAUUGGUACCUUUUGUUGAGACACGGCUAAUUCUGUAUAGUGAUAUUACUUGGCCUUGAAAUGAUCUUCACUUUACAAAUUGGAUAUAAACAAGGGAAAAGAAGAUGCAACAUUACCAACUGGUUAUUAUUUUAAUACACAGAUAUUUUUUUUACAAGGUUGGCAACGUUUUUAAGAAAUUGCUUAAAAGAAUUUUCAGUUUCCCUUCGUUAGUUUUAUGAAAAGAUUUUACUGUAGCCCUUUUUUUAAAAAAAAAAAAUUUGCAUGAAAUUUAUUCAGAGGUUUUGAGUUGUCUGUGUAAAUUUAUUUUUAGAAAUUAACUGGCCUUAAAGCAUUUUGUGAAGAUCAGUAUGUAAUGUCCAUAUCUCAUGGAAAAACAUGAGUUUGAACUUUCAUGUAUGAGUUAUGAUGGUUUUGCACCGUAGCCCACAGUAUAUCAAUUUCCGUUUUUGCCUGACGGAUUUAUUUUUCUCAUGUUUCCAUGUAAAAUGUUCAUCUUCUAUGUCUAGUCUAAACCUAUGUUCUAUUCUUUAAACAUUUACAUUACAUGCAUUUAUAACAAUUUCCUUGAUAAUUUUUAUACAAAGAAAAUGUAAAACAAAAUCAGUCAAUCCCUCAAAGUCGGUACGAAGGCAGAUUGAUUGAUUUAGUUUUACAUUUCUUUGGCCUGUAUCUUUCUUGGUGCUACAAUAAGGUUGGAAAAGUCACGACAGUUGCCUAGUCAGUACGACUUAAAAACCGAUUCAAAAGGGGAGGUAAUAAGUAAAUUUCUGGUUUAUAGAAAAGAUUUUAAGCAAAGACUGAAUGACAAAAUACAAGAGUAAAUUAUAAGAUUAUUCAUGCAAAGAUUUUUGUCCAAAGUAUUUUCUACAUUUUCUAUAUUAUUUAUACCUGUUGCUUACUGUAAAGCUGCAUGUAGCCUGCCAGCAUUAAAACUAACAGAUGAAAUAAGAUAAAGUUACAAAUUUUGAACAUGAUUUGUGGUUUUUAGAAAUAGUUUUAUAUUGUCAGCCAAUGACAUUAAAUAAAGUCUGAUGUAAAGCAGACACUUCAUCCAACUUGACGGAGAGUGUGAUUUCUGGUAAAGAUACAGUAUUAAAUUCUGGAUUUUUCACAUUCUGAAACAUGAAAUAACAUGCAAAAAUAGUUGUUGUUCCAUACGAAUAAAGAUAGAAUUUUUGAACUUAAAAUUAAAAUACCUUCUUAGAAAUAUUUUAAUGGUUAAUUAAUUACAGUAAGUUAUUCAGAAUAUUAAACUUGCAGUUAGCAGAAUUCUGUGUUAGCUUGGACUUAAAACUGAGAUUGAAAUAUCCCUUUGUUAAGAAAGAGAUGUCCAUCUUCUAAGUACGUAAGCUGUAUAUAUAUCUGAUAUCUGUUAUUCAUACUUUUUACAUUUUUGUCACUAAGUCUUUCUUUUUUGUCCCCUCAUGCUAAAUAGAAUGGUAUGUACCAGUUGUUGAUUCUCAAGAUAUUGAAUUGUCAAAUACUUGACUGUUAUAAACCUUUUGAGAGAGAAAAAAUAACAAAACUGCAUUAUAAAUAAUAGUAGAUUUCAAAUCAUGGGGGACGCUAAUUUUACCAGAUGAAUAGAAAUGAAAGAGUAAUGUUAUUUUAAUUAAAUGGCAAGUUAUUUGUAAGGCAUUUAUUGGGUGAUUUAAUACUAAACAGUUUUAAACUGUUUAAUUAGAAGGUAAAACUUGCGGUGAAAUUAAAUCUUUCAAAUUUCUCUGAUUAAAAAAAGUGUACGUUUUACAGACUGUGGAACAAAGAUUUGUUCAAUUUUAUAUGCAUUUCUAAUGUAAAUAAAGACUGUUAAGUUAUCCCCCUAAACCUGCGUGAUUCAGCGUGUGCCACCAGCAUAGAGUCAGGUCAGAUUUCAUUUGUGCAGUUUGACCACACUCUAUCCUGUUGGUAGCCUAAUUUUUGUGUUUUGAACACUGAAAUUCCUAAAACUUUAAAUGGAUCAUUCAGAUGUCAAAGUAGGAAAAAUCUGUUUUACUUACUCAGCAGGUUAAGUGUUAAUACACAACAAUCAGAUGAUAUGUGAAAUAAUUAUUUUAUUAUGCAUUUGGAUUCCUUCUCUAAGCUUCAUUACAGCAAUUGUGAUCUGAAAGGUCAAGGCCUAAAAGGAUGACCUAGUUUUCAUUGUGAUGUCUUUAAUAUUUUUUUUUUGUAUUAUUCUAUGUAUUGCAUAUUAUGUUUUGUAUAUGCUCAAGAGAUUUUUGAAAGUGCGUAAACUCAAAGUUGUGAAAAAUAUUUGCCAAAUGGAUUAUAUAUAUAUAUACAUGUAUAUACAUGAUAUACAAUAUGUUUUAGUCAUACUUUUAGUCAUUGAUUGUACUUUGUGAAAUUAAGAAUUGGCAGCUUUCUCCAGUUCU